UAACACAAAUUUACUUCUAAUAUGAAAAAUCAAUGAAAUUUUAUUCAGUCGACGUUGUCUGAACUCAAGAGCUUGUCUAGAAUAUCCGACAAUAGUUAAUAUCAAAUUUCCCAAUUGAAAACUCUUUAAAAACAAAUUUCUAAGUUCUCAUUCUAUUUUUCCCUUUUAAAAGUAGAGGACGUUUCAAUGUGUAAUGUCUGUGGUAUUGAAGAGAUCCCAAGGAGAUCUUAACCAAAGCGGARCCUGAGAAUUUCUUCAAAUAAGUAUACUGUCUGAGGUUCGUUGUUGCUCUUGAAAGAUCCACUCCGACGAUUUUGAAUAUCUGCUUGCCUAAAACACGUUGCCUUUUGUUUUGAAUGCCUCAGUUGAGUAGCUUUGGUUAAUCAAGAAUACUAGGAGCUCCUGCUUGAGCGUCGUUUGUACGAGGUCGAUAUGGAGAAAGAACAGUUCCGAAAGGCACAAGAUUUUCCAUCGUUUCCCAACAUUGAUGAUCAAGAAUAUCCAGAACCACUGACUCCCGAGAGUCCAAGGUUCCCACAGGAACUCAAUUGCUUGAUGCCAUCAGCGCCUCCCUCUCACAUUGUUUCACCAUCAAGCGCAGAAAUAAAUGGAGAAUACAAUUUCUGCUUGGCUCUCGAGACCCAACCGAAAAAAGUAGCAAACCCUGACUGGAUUUAUUCAAACAUCCAGAACAAGCUGUAUAUCAAACCACAGACACCUUGUCCCAUGAAGUUUUCGCUGACAGGGUCACCUCCACCGCGCACAUAUAUUAGGGCAAUGCCCAUAUUUAAAUUACCUGAACACGCUAAAGAUAUCGUCCGAUGCUGUCCCAACCAUACAUUAAUGGACCAGAUUACCAGAGAUAAUCCAGCGUCAGGUCACUUUAUUCGCUCGGAUAAUCCUCAAGCAGAGUACCAACAGUGCGUCCAUUCUGGACGUCAAUCUGUCAGGAUUCCCUUCAAAGUUAAUGUGGGUGUUGCUGGGAACGAGGAGGUAACAGUUCAUGAGCUGUUCUCAUUCGUCUGCAAUAACUCAUGUGGGGGUCUGAACAGACGGGCAAUACAGGUCGCGUUCACCUUGGAGACUGGAGAGUCAAAUGAAAUGCUUGGACGUUGCUCAAUUGAAGUACGUGUCUGCGCAUGCCCAGGAAGAGAUUCUAAGCAAGAUAACGAGGCAGUCAGCAGACCAAGCAGAAAAAAACGAAAACUGACAGCAGCGGAUGUGUCAAGCUCUACGCCACUACCAGCCUUUCCACCAAUAGACCUCACCCCAACUCCCUCUCGUUCAGCAGAAGACAACACUGUUUAUAAUCUAAAGGUUUGCGGAUACGUAAAUUAUCUAAUCUUGAGAAAAAUAGCUUUUGCUCUGGAAUUCUUUGCGAAUAUGAAGUCAAGAUUCUCAACCUUGCCGUGUGAAGAUCCAGAGUUCACAGAAUUCUUUGGCGAUGGCUCCGCUGAACCACGAGAAUGUAAUGGUUGUGAUACUAACACUCCUCUUCCAAGACCCAUCCCUCAAUCAUCACCGGUCAUGAAUGGUCAGCAGUCUCUACCAAGCUGCGCAGCCUCACAUGCCCCAGACAACUGGUACCAGUCUCCUCAACAAGAGCCUUCGGUCAACGGUCGCUCAACAGCAACUCCUUAUAUGGGCUGCUAUACUUAUAGGAGAAUUACUUUGUCUGUUGAAUAUUCUGAAACAGAAUCGAUGUGCGCAAGUGAGAACAAAGAUUUGAUGGAAAGAAAAGAUUUAGGUGUAAGGAUACAGGGUUGAUUGAAAGGGAAGCCUUAAAAAGAGAAGUGGCAGAGAGUGAGUUGGAAAAAAUAUAAGGUUUCACGAAAAUAAUGACAAAAAAAAAAAAACAAAA